AUGGCAAGAGCUCUGUCAUCGGCUAAUAUUCAACAAUAUUAUGCCCAAAAUGGCAUAACUUGGAAAUUUAUCGCCCCACGAGCGACUUGGUGGGGAGGCUGGUGGAAAAGCCUGAUAGGAAUUGUCAAGCGAUGUCUACGAAAGGUACUCGGACGAGCACUUCUUGACGAGGAAGGUCUGUCCACGGCCCUCAUUGGAAUAGAAGCCGCUCUGAACAGCCGACCAUUAAUAUACGAAGAUGGAGAAGAUAACAGUUCCACAGCCUUAACACCAAGCCAUUUCUUGACAGGACGAAAACUAACGGCCAUUCCAUCCAGCCCAAAUAAUAACACAAAGCAAAGAAAGAUCUACAAGAAGCAGCAAGACUUACUCGACUACUUUUGGAAAAAAUGGUCCAAUGAAUAUUUGCUUCAAUUGCGGUCAUUUCAUCAAGUUCGUAAUCAGGACAAUAUCAUUAACAUCCGAAUUGGUGAUAUUGUACUCCUACAAGAGGAUGUCCGACCACGGCACAUAUGGAAGAAAGCUAGAGUGGUGAACUUGCAUGAAGGACGAGAUGGAAAAAUUAGAUCCUGUGAGCUGAUUGUUAAUGGUCUUAAUAUAACCCGUCCGGUAGCUCUGGUCAUCCCCCUCGAGGUCUACCAGGGUGGGGAGGAUGUUGAGGUUGAGUUCGAGAUUAGUUAG